CAACCACGCGCAGGAGAAGAAGGCAGAAUCUCCCCCUCUGGCCUCUACCCAACUCCCCGUAUUUAUUGGCCGUUUCAAAAUCAUUUCCCACACCCUUCUUUCCGUUUUCUACUUUUCUCCUCCGCUCGACUCCACUCCACAGAAAGGAAAGGAAAGGAAAGGAAAGGAAAAAGGGGAAGAAAUCGGAGAAAGCGAAUAUUGAACAGAGCAUCGAGUCCACCGAGAUUUCGAUUCGCGCUCGCCGGAGAAUUCCAUUUUCCCCGUCUUCCAAUCCCAAGUAGACAAGUCCAUUCUCUUCUCGAUCUGUUCGCCCCUCGGGUUCGAGAGAUCUGAGAGGAGGGAAUUGGAGAUACACAGAGUAAGAGUAGCAAUAGUAUUAUUUGUUGACGGAAAAGGAAACCAUGGCGCAUAAGGUAGAUCACGAGUACGAUUACCUCUUCAAGAUUGUGCUGAUCGGAGACUCCGGCGUCGGUAAAUCCAACAUUCUUUCCCGCUUCACCAGAAACGAAUUCUGCUUGGAGUCCAAAUCCACCAUCGGCGUCGAGUUCGCCACCAGAACUUUGCAGGUGGAAGGAAAGACUGUAAAGGCUCAGAUUUGGGAUACAGCAGGCCAGGAGAGGUACCGAGCGAUCACAAGUGCUUACUACAGAGGGGCAGUUGGUGCACUCCUUGUCUAUGACAUUACCAAGAGGCAAACAUUUGACAAUGUCCAACGGUGGCUACGCGAGUUGAGAGACCAUGCAGAUUCCAACAUUGUCAUAAUGAUGGCUGGAAACAAGUCCGACUUGAAUCACCUGAGGGCUGUUUCAGAUGGAGACGGACAUACCUUGGCCGAGAGAGAAGGUCUCUCAUUCCUCGAGACGUCAGCACUUGAAGCAACGAAUAUCGAGAAGGCAUUCCAGACGAUACUGACAGAGAUAUACCAUAUCAUAAGCAAAAAGGCGUUGGCUGCCCAGGAAGCCGCUGCUAAUUCUUCCAUUCCUGGCCAAGGAACCACCAUCAAUGUUGCAGAUGGCUCAGGCAAUGUCAAGAAAGGAGGUUGCUGCUCUGCCUAAGGAGCCCGUGUCUACUGACUGACCAAUGGGUAGAAAGCACUAUCGGCAAGCAACCAUUCUUCCUUCCUUUGUUUUUCAUUUCUUUUGGGUUUUCAUUUAGCAAUUUUUGGCCAAGAGGAGACCUGUAGAUUACUCUCUGUUCCCCGUAAAUUGAGAAUGUGAAAUUUGCAAAGAUGCUAUGGUUAGAUUUCAGGGUGGCCUUUUCCUUUUCUGCUUAUUUCUUUGUAUUUUACACUUUCAAACAAAGCUUGGAUAUGAUGAUAGCACGGAUGUAGAGUGACCACAUAUUAUCUCAGUUGAGACUUCUUGAGACACACAGUGCCUAAAAGCAGAGAAAUUCGUUUUUCCUUU